GAACAUGAUAGUAUACCGCGGGAUAGGGGAUCUGGAACAUCGGAAGAUGGACAUAAGAUAUCUCAUAAACCCGGUGAAUAUUGGGAUUUAUGUUCCUGGAAUAUCUGGGAACGCCUAGUCACAAGGGUGAAAAAAAAAUUUGUUGUAACGAGUAUUGGUAAUUUACGAAUCUAG